UUAGACUAUCUGCGAUCCAUAUAUCUAAUCUUGUAAUUAUAGUUGUACCCAAACUGCGUAUAUCGUGUUUAGUUUAACCGGUCUACCCUGGCUAAAUCCAGCCGUAUUGUCGGUGGAAAAGACACAAGUAUUGAGCAAUAUCCCGACAUAGUUCAAGUUGAGAUGCACCUUGGUUGGGGUGUUUGGAAUCAAGAGUGCGGGGCAACUAUUCUAAAAACUUAUUGGGUCUUAUCAGCAGCUCACUGCUUCAAUGAUUGGCUCUACACACCCGAGGACAGACGUAUCAGAGCUGGAACCACUUACCGUAACACUGGCGGUUUCAUCCACUAUGUGGAAUAUGAAAUUAACCACCGUGGUUUCAACGUGGCAUCCCCAUUCGACGCUGACAUCGCUGUUGUAAAACUUAAAACUCCUCUCAAACUCUCUCCUUCAAUCCAAAGAGGAACUAUCAUUAAGCACGGCUUCGUUACUCCUGAUAAUUUACCAGUAGUGCAUGCUGGAUGGGGAGAUACAAGUUUCAAUGGAUUACCGUCAUCAGUCCUUCAGCAUGUUCAAGUAUAUACAGUCAACUAUGAUCUUUGUAACCAACGUUACCGGCAGUUAGGCGGAUCAAGAGUUACUCGUAACAUGAUUUGUGCUGGUCUUCUGGAUGUUGGAGGUCGUGAUGCCUGUCAGGGAGACUCUGGCGGUCCAUUAUACGCGAGGGGUGAUAGUGGGAAUGUCAUCAUUGGCGUGGUAUCCUGGGGACAUAGAUGCGCCAACGCAACCUAUCCCGGUAUUAGUACUAACGUUGCAUCUUAUACAAACUGGGUAUUGGAAACUGCUCUUUGAAAUACUAAAUCAAGUUAGUUAAUGUUAUUGUUUUUUUUUUGUGUAUUUUAUCUUAACAACCUUAAAUCACAAACAACCUACCAACAACAAAAAAUGAAAUGUUCUGAAUAUGCAUAUUAUGCAUAAGACACAGGAAUAAACUCCAAUUCCAACUCAAAACAGACUCUAGUAACGAAAUACUCCAAAUAACAUACAGACGUUAUCGUAACUACUGCAACAAUUUAAUUAAAAAUCUGAAGCGCAAGUAUUAUCGUGACCUAUUAUCUAAAACAAGCAAUAAUACUAAAACCCUCUGGAAUGCAAUUAAAGAAAUAAGUAAUCUACACAAAACAAAAAACAAUAAUUUAGAACUUAUGCAAAUAAAGCCUACCUUUGAAGCAUCACUUGCUCAUAUUAUAAAUAACUAUUUUGCAAAUAUAGGUCAACUAUUAGCAAAAGAACUACCAUCGACCCCAAGAAACUUCGA